AUGCAUUACCAACAACAAACGAAUCCUAAGAACCUCGCUCUCUCUCUCUCUCUCUCUCAAUGGCAGUAGCAACUCAUCAAUCUUCACUUUCAAUUUCACCGGAAAGUACUCCAGCACCGGUGCCGAAGCCGACGAGCGUGAAAGGUCUGGUGGAAUCGUCGGUCAGGGUGGAUUCCAUCCCCUCCACCUUCUCCUUCAACACUCGGGCCGACGAUUCCGCCGCCUCCGAAUCAGAGGACUCCAUUCCCGUCAUCGACUUCUCGGCUCUCACCUCCGAUGAUCCUCGUGUACGCUCCGAAGCCAUCCGCGACCUCGCUAAGGCCUGCGAGGACUGGGGUUUCUUCAUGGUGGUGAAUCACGGCGUGACGGAGAGGUUGAUGGAGGCGGUGCUGGACGGCUGCGACCGGUUUUUCAACCUGCCGGACGAGGAGAAGCGGCAGUUCAAGGCGAAGGACUUCUGGGAUCCGCUCAAGUUCGGCAGCGGCGUCGACAUUAAGGUGGAGAAGUUCUUCCUCUGGAGGGACUUCUUGAAGUGUUAUACCCAUCCCGAGUUCAAUUUCUUUGAGGUGCCUCCCGGGUUCAGGGACGUCGCUAGAGAGUACUGCACAAAGACUAGAGAGGUGGCGAGGGGAAUACUCAGGGGAAUAUCACAAAGCUUAGGGUUGGAAGAAACCUACAUCGAGAAGGAGAUGAACUUCGCCGCCGGCCUCCAAAUCUUCGCCGCCAACUUCUACCCGCCAUGCCCGCAGCCGGAGCUCGCAAUCGGGCUUCCCCCGCACACCGAUCCCGGCCUCGUCACCCUACUCAUCCAGAACGGCGUUGCCGGCCUGCAAGUUCCGGCACCCUACAAAGACAAGUGGGUCAACGUCGAUCCGGUUCCCGGCUCCAUCAUGGUUCACACCUGCGACCAGCUAGAGGUGCUCACCAAUGGCCGGUACAAGAGCCAUCCUCAUCGGGCGGUUCUCAACAACACGACGAGGAGGAUCUCCAUUGCCAUGGGAAACGGGCCAUCGCUUGACACUGUGGUAGCCCCCGCACCGGCGUUUGUGGACGGUGAGAGGCGGCCGGCUCAGUUCACGCCGAUGAAGUAUAAGGAGUUCAUGGAGCUUCAGCAAUGGGUUCAGCUUAAGGAGAAGACGAUGCUAGACCAUGUUCGGGUUCAAGCUUCGCAAUGAAAUUAAAUUAUGCUAAUUAAUUAGGUUUUCAUCAUUUUCUACCGGAUUUGGAAUAAUUGAAUUAAGGGUUUUGCUAACGAACGAGCACCUCUUGGGCAUUCAUUGAAAUGCAUUUAAUAUGCUUUGUAAGUAUAUUAAAUAUAAGUUAAUGAAUGCCCGAAGCACUCAUUAGUAAAAUCCUUAACUAAACAUUAAGGGCUGUGUAGUUUGAGUUUGGAUUUGUACCGUGCUAUGUAUCAUGUGUGUGUUUGUUAGUUGGAACUAGUGUUAAAACCUCUGCAAUGCAAUGCAGGGGAUGUGUAAUCAAAAUAAAUUUAUAAAUUUUAAAAUAAAAAAUUAAACUUAUUAUUUUAAA